AUGGAAGAAGAACUAGAAUACAUUCCAAAUUUAGUAGAGAACGAAAAUGAAGAAAUUGUUUUUGAAAAGGUGAAAAAAGAACCAAUUGAUACCACGGGUACCAUUAUCGAAGAAGAUAAGAGUAAGAAAGUUCCAGUUACUAUUUUAACGGGUUAUUUGGGAUCCGGAAAAUCUACCCUUCUUGAACAGAUAGCCAAACGUGGGGACAGAAAAUUAGCAGUUAUUUUGAACGAGUUUGGUGAUUCGAUUGAUAUUGAAAAAUCCUUAACAGUGAAAGAUAAAGAAAAUGAAGUUGAAGAGUGGUUGGAUUUGGGCAAUGGUUGUUUGUGUUGUACUGUUAAAGAUAAUGGUGUGGCUGCAAUUGAACGUUUAGUGGCUAAAAGAAAAGGUUUUGAUCAUAUCAUCUUAGAAACUACAGGAUUAGCCGAUCCUGGACCCAUUACCACAAUGUUUUGGUUAGAUGAUGGGCUACUCUCUAAUGUUUACAUUGAUGGCGUCGUUACAGUCUUGGAUGCAGAAAAUAUUGAAACUAAUCUGAGCGAUAAAGACGAAAGUCAUGUACACCACGCAGAAGAAGGAACUCAUGGGGAAGACCCACAUCACAACUGCGAUAAUGUGACGGUUGCACACGUACAAAUUGCUCUUGCUGAUGUAAUAUUGCUAAACAAGAUUGACAAAAUUGAAAAUGAUCCAAAAAGAAUUAAAAGAAUUGAGAGUCUAGUCAGAGAUAUCAAUGCCAAUGUUCCGAUAUACGAGACUAAAUUUGGCGACAUUAGUCUAGACAAGAUCUUAGAUCUACAUGCAUAUGAAGCCCGUGAUGUCAGCUCCUUGGUGAAAACGGAAAAAUCUACAAGCGGCGUGCACGAUCAUAGAAUGGGUACAUUGAGCUUCAAUUUCAAGAAGCUCGUCGAUAUAAGAGAAUUUAAAAAAUUUGAGAAGUUUUUGCAAGAUCUUCUCUGGGACGACUCCGAUGCGGAUUUGCUAAGGAAUAAUAUGGAAAUACACAGAACAAAGGGCCUAGUAUUUAUUGAGGAUGGAGACUCUUACAAAGUUAUUCAAGGUGUUAGAAAAACUUACGAUGUUAUCGAUGGCAUGCAAGAUAUUUUGGAAAUUGAGUUAGACAGCUCCAGACUUGUAUUAAUUGGUAAGUAUAUUGAUGGUGAAUUAGUAAGGAGAAAAUUUUCUGAAGUCAUGGGAUUUGAUAUGUUUGCGUGA